UCAGAAAUGAACGAGGAGCGCCUGAACGCAACAUAAAUACUAAUGCGCAGUUCAGGGACCACUCACUACUGCCUGUUGUUGUUUAUCAAACACUUGUGACAGAGAUGUCUACUGCAAUGAGUCUGCGUCUUCUCCACUGCUACUCAAAGCCAGGCACUUAUGGAUAUGGUCUUGGUGUCAUUCGCCCAUUCAGUCUCAGUGUGCAGAGAGAGGGCUUCAAGUAUGUAAAUGCUCAGGAGCUGUCAACAGACCUGAGGUCCGUCACUGACCGGGCUGCCACAACCCUCCUCUGGACCGAGCUCUUUAGAGGUUUGGCGAUGACCAUGAGUUACCUGUUCCGUGAACCUGCCACCAUCAACUACCCGUUUGAGAAGGGCCCUCUGUCACCACGCUUCCGUGGAGAGCACGCCCUCCGCCGCUACCCUAACGGAGAGGAGCGCUGCAUUGCCUGUAAGCUGUGUGAGGCCAUCUGUCCUGCUCAGGCCAUCACCAUUGAAGCUGAGACUCGAGCCGACGGCAGCAGGAGAACUACACGCUAUGACAUCGAUAUGACCAAAUGUAUCUACUGCGGCUUCUGCCAGGAAGCCUGUCCCGUUGAUGCCAUUGUUGAGGGACCAAACUUUGAGUACGCCACUGAGACCCACGAGGAGCUGCUGUACAACAAAGAGAAACUGCUCAACAAUGGAGACCGAUGGGAAGCUGAGAUAGCAGCCAACAUACAGGCAGACUACCUGUACAGAUAAAUCUGUACACAAGAUGUGUCAUACAUGAAAAUGAUAAAGUCCUCCAAUGCAGUAAAGAGAUUAUUUGUAGCUUUAAAGAUAUUCCAUGGAGUAACAAAUGAGCAGUGAAGCCUUGCAGCCUCAGAUUCUGUUGUCAGAACUGAGAAAAAAAAAUAUAUACGCACAAAUCAUACGUCUUGUGUUAUAAAGACAGAUGAAAUUAUACUUUAUGAUGUUUACCUUAUAGUCUGUAACCCAUGUAGCCUAUGCACAGUCUGUGAUGGACUAUUUUCUGCUGCACUUUAAAAGCAUUUUUUUUAAUCAGAUGUGAUUGCUAGCUAACAUUUCUGAAAGAGUAUAUUUAUGCAAUGUAAUUUAAGAGACUGAAAUAAAUCAUGUUUUAAAACUUUAA